UCACUCUUCUCCACUCUCAAAACGCGAUCCUCUCACUCAGGUGAUAUUUGCUCCUCUUUCCUAAACCUGAAAAAAAGAAGAAAAAAAAAUCGAGAGAUCUUUCUAAAUUUCAAGCACCGCACCGAUAUAACCGUAUCAAAAUGGAUAACACAGGAGCGAAUCCUCAAGGCAUAGUAGUUCCGCCAGUUGAAGGUGUUGCUGGAGGAGGAACAGCUUAUGGAUGGAAUGAUGGCGGUGGCGUACAUUUUUCAAAUUCCUCACCCAGAGGAUCAAUCGAUCCGUCUGAGGUUUUAACUUCAGAUUUAGUGCAUGUUUGGUGCUUGCCUAGCACUGCAAAUGUUGGACCGCAAGAGAUUCCCAGUAGACAUUUGGAGCCUAUAAAUCUUCUGGCAGCUAGAAAUGAGAGAGAAAGUGUUCAAAUUGCUUUACGCCCGAAAGCUACUUGGGGUGGUUCUGGCAGUGCAGGGGUUGUGCAGGUUCAGUGUAGUGACUUAACCUCCACAUCUGGUGAUCGGUUGGUCGUUGGACAAUCCAUAACAUUGCGGAGAGUGGUUUCUAUAUUAGGUGUCCCAGAUGCUCUUGUGCCUCUAGAUCUUCCAGUUAGUCAAAUAAACCUAGCUCCUGGAGAAACAACUGCACUUUGGGUUUCCAUUGAUGUUCCAAGUGCACAGCCACAGGGUCAAUACGAAGGGGAGUUCUUCAUCACCGCUAUAAAAGCAGAGGCAGAAUCUCCAUCACAGCGCUUGGGAAAAGCUGACAGGCAUCAGCUGUACUCGGAACUUAGGAACUGUCUUGACAUCAUGGAGCCUGUUGAAGGAAAACCAUUGGAUGAAGUGGUAGAAAGAGCCAAAUCUGUGACUACAUCUUUAAGAAGGGUUCUUCUAUCUCCAGUAUUUUCUGAGUUCUCUACAGAUAAUGGACCAGUUGAUAUGAUGGAUGAAGAUGCUAUUUCAAACCUAACAGUUCGUGUCAAGCUAAACUUGACUGUUUGGGACUUCGUACUUCCAGCAACUCCUUCACUUCCUGCUGUAUUUGGUAUAUCUGAUACUGUAAUUGAGGAUCGUUUUGGUGUUGAACAUGGAAGUGAUGAAUGGUAUGAGGCUCUGGAUCAACAUUUCAAGUGGCUUCUUCAUUAUAGAAUCAGUCCAUAUUUUUGCAGGUGGGGUGGCAACAUGCGUGUUUUGACAUACACUUGUCCAUGGCCAGCUGACCAUCCUAAAUCAGAUGAGUAUUUUUCAGACCCAAGAUUAGCAGCAUAUGCAGUACCAUAUAGUCAAGCAGUCCCUGGUGCAGCACAGGACUACUUGCAGAAAGAAAUUGACAUCUUGAGGACAAAGUCUCACUGGAAGAAAGCCUAUUUUUACUUGUGGGAUGAGCCUUUGAAUUUGGAACAAUAUGAUAUGGUCCGCAGCAUGGCCAGUAAGAUCCAUACUUAUGCUCCUGACGCGCGUGUGUUAACUACGUACUAUUGUGGACCAAGCGAUGCACCCCUUGGGCCUACUCCUUUUGAGGCUUUUGUGAAAGUGCCAAAGUUUCUGCGCCCACAUACUCAAAUUUAUUGUACAAGUGAGUGGGUGCUUGGUGAUCGAGAGGAUCUGGCCAAGGAAAUUGUCUCUGAAUUGCAGCCAGAGAAUGGUGAGGAAUGGUGGACUUAUGUGUGUUUGGGACCCUCUGAUCCUCAUCCUAAUUGGCACAUUGGGAUGCGUGGUACUCAACAUCGUGCUGUGUUCUGGCGUGUGUGGAAAGAAGGCGCAACAGGUUUUCUGUACUGGGGUGCCAACUGCUAUGAGAAGGCUACAGUUCCUAGCGCAGAGAUAAGCUUCAGGCGUGGUCUACCUCCAGGAGAUGGAGUUUUAUACUAUCCAGGCGAGGUGUUCUCAUCCUCCCACCAGCCAGUUGCAUCUGUUAGACUAGAGCGCAUACUAAGUGGCUUGCAGGACUUCGAGUACCUGCAACUCUAUACUUCAAGAUAUGGAAGGGGUGAAGGGCUAGCUCUUCUGGAAAAGACAGGCAUGUAUCUAGGUCCUGAACGUUAUACUUUAGAGCACACGCCAAUUGAUGUCAUGCGGGGUGAGAUCUUCAAUACGUGCCGAUCAUGAAUAGAUGGUUGUGUUCUCAUUGAGUUUAUUGUUUUUGUAAUUAUCCAUAGAAACUUUUUGUAUGGUAAAAGAUGAAAUGGUUUGUGCAAUUGCAUAAACUCUUUCCACUUUCAA